UGAGUGAGAAACGAAUGAAAAGCCAAGAACAAGUUUCUGUUGAGAUAACAUUAAUUUCUUGACCAAUGGUGCAUCAAAAUUACCAUCACAUGACAGGUAGAUCGUUAAUUCCAUGGUAACCAGCGCACCUUAACCUAGUAUAUCAAGAGAAAAAAGAAAAAAAAAAGUCCCAUUCUACCUGUUGACAUAAUAUUUAGCCACGUACUUUGUGUGUGAGUUUUAUAUAUACAAUCUGCUGUCUGGGACACGGCCGUCACCAUUGAUAUAAUCAUUACUGCUACAAAUAAUCCGCUCAGGAAACUCUAUUAAAAACUUUUAUUUUCUAAAUUUUAAAGUAUACCAAAAACAGUAAAUAUAUUUUCAGUACACAUGCAAAUCUACUGGAAUAUCUUGGUCUUUUUUGCUACAAGCACUGUUUCCGUGCUUGGAGAUAUUAAGCAGGAUGUGGUCUACGAGUUCAGUUCUCUCACCUUCGAAUCGGUAUCGGGAGUUCACAGUUCGUCAGAAAAUGUGGUUACGGGCAUUCAAGUCUACAACGAUACAGUCUACGUGAACAUACCACGCCUCACUCCAAAUGUUCCAGUAACGUUGGCGACUGUCGCGAAGAAAAACGGUAAAGUUGUCUUCAAGCCUUUCCCAACCUUGCAAUAUCAAACAUUAGGUAACUGCGAUGCCUUGCAAUCGGUCGGCGCAAUACGUGUGGUUCGUAAAACGAACCUGCUCUACAUAGCAGAUAAUAAGUACUUAGACUGUAAUGCCAAAUUAAUUAUUUUCGAUUUAGUCAAACGAACGAUAAAAAAGAAAUAUGAAUUUUCCAGUUCGGAUAUCGAUGAAAAACUAAACUCCACACAAUUUGAGGACAUCGUCGUCGAUGGUGCAGGAAAUGCGUACAUAGCAAAUGCUGGAAAACCCGGUUCAAUCAUAGUUUACAGGAAUAAGAUGUCGAAAAGCUUUGUUUUCUAUGAUCGAAUGUUGGAGAUCAUCGAUCCUGUCACUUUCAAAUUUGGCAACGAUUCGUACAAUGUGAAUCAAAGUAUAAGCGAAAUGACACUUUCACCCGAUGAUGAUUACUUAUUCUUCGUUAUUCAUUAUAAGAAGACUGUCCAAGUCCCGACAAAAUCUUUUGAGGAUAUUGCAACCCGAACGCGCUUACAGAAAAUUCGUACUAUUGGAACGAAAUUGGCAAAAGGAUUUGGCAUGUUGAUGGGGUGGAGGUACAUGUACCUGACAGGUGUCGAGGAUAAAGUGGUGUAUGUUUGGGACCGCAACGCUGACCUGGAGAAGCAGAAAGGUAUCGUCAAAUAUGCUGGCCUCGUUACCAUGGAAACACAGAAAGAACUGAAAGUUAGCCCCGAGCUCUCCUUGCACCCGGGAAAGAUGUCCUUUGACAAUCACGGGAACCUGUGGAUCAUAACUACGGAUUACCAGUUGUACUUCAGAAAUUCCACGGAGGGCGAAGGCUACGAGACAAAAAUUGUGAAACUAAAAGUCGAUGACUCAAGGGAAAAGCGAACCACUUCGACAGCAGCUUUGGACCGGAAGCUCCUUAUAUUGUUAAUAAUUGCCACGGUUAUGUUGUGCAUUGUUUUGUAGGAAUUUGACAAAAAGAGUUAUGUUAUGACUAUUAGAAGAAGGAUGCAAAAGAAUAAAGUAGAAAGAGGAGAGAGAAUGUGAGUGUGUGUAUUUUAUUAUUUUUCAGUGUCUGCUGUUAUAGUUGUUGUUGUUGCCUUGUUUCCAACAAGAGGAGUUUCAGGUAAUACAAGUGAUCCUAGUUUUAAGCAUAAAUUCAUGUACAUACUUUAUCACCACCACCUCCACCACCACCAUCAUCAUCAAUUUACGUUUGCUUUUUGCCUACUGGCUUGAAUCAGAUUGUUCUAUUCCAGUAAAAAUUCUUGUCACUCCUGAACAUCCUUUGUCAUCAGAUUCACAACAACAACGCCGGAAUAUUGCUUAUCUUUAUUGUGCUAGCAUCGAUUAGUUCAGCAGUUCUCAAAUUGAACAAAUACCAAGCUACCUCCAGCAAAAAAAAAGGAAAAAGAA